AAGCGGUGCGGCAGCAGCGGGGAAGUCGCUCGUCUUUAUUCCCCCUCCUUUAUAUCUUCAUGUGUUUUUAUUUCUCACUCGAGGAUGUACUUUGGACGCAUUUUUCGGUUUUAAAUCCCUAAGAAUUAAAAGAGUAUUUUUCCUUUUCUUCCACCUCCAUCACUUUCCUCUCCAUCUCCAGCUUUUUAUUGUUUUGCUCUAGCUCAGUUCUGUUCAGUUUUUUUUAAUUUCUCUGAAUUUUAAUUUCCAAGGACGCAGCAGCUUCUCCACCGGACCACCGAGGAACUAUUUUCUCUCUCUCCACUUUGUGAAUGCACUUUUUCUUAACGCACAUUUGUUUUUCCUGGACCAUAUCCGCUGUGCGCUGACUCACACGCUGUAGUGAUGAGAUCUUAAACUCGUGGUUCUCCCUCGAUUUGUAUUUGUUAUUUUCUCCUCAUGACAUUGAGGCGUGCACCGGACUCCUCGUUCCGACCCGCUUGCACGUCAAGUUUUCCGGGUCGCGUGUAGUUCAGAGACUCGUGGAGAACAGACACACACUGACACAGACACACACACACGCUCUCCUCCUGUUGCUCCUCCAGACACACACCGGCUGCGUGUCCGCGCCACGCCGCUUCCUCUCCCGGUGACUCACCGUCGACGCUCCGGUGAAACCAGAGCAGACGGUCCCCUCACCCCCCUCACCCCCCACCCCCUACAACUUCCACCCGGGAUUUCCGUGAGAUUCCCUCGCCCAGCCGCGGUGGUGGCUUCAGGUUCUCCGGUGGAGCAGAGCGAGUCAGUUUGUUAAAAAUGCCCCAGUUAUCAGGCGGCGGCGGCGGCGGAGGAGACCCGGAGCUGUGCGCCACCGACGAGAUGAUCCCCUUCAAGGACGAGGGGGACCCGCACAAGGAGCAGAUCUUCGCCGAGCUCAGCCACUCGGAGGAGGAGGGAGACCUGGCCGACAUCAAGUCGUCCCUGGUCCACGAGUCGGAGAGCAGCCCCAACAGCAACAGCCACGACGCAAUCAGACAGUCCCAAGAUUCAUAUCACGAAAAACACAGAGACCAUCUGGAAGAUGGGAAACAUCAUGACAUGUACGGCAAAAGCCAUCCGUACUCGGGCUACCCAGGCUACAUCAUGAUGAGUAACAUGAACGACUCCUACAUGAACAAUGGCUCCCUCUCACCACCCAUGGCCAGAACGGAAUGCAAAGGCAUCACCAGGACAUGACCAACUUCUACUCCCUAUCACCUGGAGGAGUGGGACAAAUCACGCCGCCACUGGGAUGGUUCUCACACCACAUGGUGCCUGGCCCCCCAGGCCCUCACGCCACAGGGAUCCCCCACCCGGCCAUCGUCAACCCGCAGGUCAAACACGAGCCACCGCACGAAACAGACAUCAUGCACAUGAAGCCCCAGCAUGAGCAGAGAAAGGAGCAGGAGCCCAAAAGACCGCACAUCAAGAAGCCACUAAACGCCUUCAUGCUCUACAUGAAAGAGAUGCGUGCGAACGUGGUCGCCGAGUGCACGCUGAAGGAGAGCGCAGCCAUCAACCAGAUCCUGGGACGAAGGUGGCAUGCUUUAUCUCGGGAAGAGCAAGCUAAGUAUUAUGAGCUAGCCCGCAAGGAACGGCAGCUCCACAUGCAGCUCUACCCAGGCUGGUCCGCUCGAGACAACUAUGGAAAGAAGAAGAAGCGGAAGAGGGAGAAGAUGCAGGAAACAACCCCAGGUACAGGCCAGAGAAUGAAAACGGCGUACAUCUGAGAAAAUGGAGGAAAACGGAACAAUUUCUCCACAUGCAAAGCGAAGGCAGCAGCUACGGGCCCUCUUCUAGAGAUGGAGGCCUGUUAGAUUUCAUGAAGACCCUUAAAUCUCCAAACUGAAGCCUCCACUUCUCAGAGGAUCCCCCCCCCCCCCCCCAAACCUCC